GUGUGUGUGUGGUUGGAGGGGAGCUGCGUUGUGUGUAAGGUCUUUUCCUGGCUGCUACUGCUGGCUUUGUUAUCUUGCCUGGAAGAGAGAAGACAAGCGAGGAGGAAGGGAAGGGAAGACUGGCGGAGGACGGCGACAGGGUGGGGGGAGCCCAGUCUGCCACAGGCCUGGCCGACUGCUGGGUUCACCUUGCAUGCCACCUUUAAAGGAACAGGCGUCAGACCAGGGUUCGGCAGGCAGACAGACGGACGGACGGCACACUUUUGGAGAGAGCUUCCUGCAGCAGCAGCCGUGCGCACCCCUGGACUUGCCCAGCUCCGGAUGGGUAGCCUACAGAGCCGGCCUCCCUUGGCGGAGUAGGGCGCAAAUGGACUGGAGUUGGCCAGACCUUUUUGGCCGAACCGGAGGACGGAUCCACGCCACCACCAGGGCAGGAACGCGAUGGAGUUUCGCUGGGUCGCGGCUUCACCCUGAACGCAGCUUCUGUGGCCCGGCCGUGCCACCCCUGCCCGAUCGGUAGAUCAGAAAGGAGCCCGUGGCAACAACCUGCUGGGCCCCAAGGCGAUGAUGUGGUAGAGGAGGAUUGGGUCCCACACCAUGGCUGGAGCGUAGUCAGACCCUUCCCCCCCCACCAGCCGUGUCUCGCAUGGGCCCGGCGUGUGGGGGGAGUCAGCCAAUGAGAAAGCAGCGACGGGACCCCCCCUUCGUUUGACCUCAUUAGGAGACGGAGGUGAAAGAUGAUUGGCGGCCACGCGGAGGACAUCGUGUGAUUGGCCGUCUUCUAGGAGAGAGAGAGAGAAAGAGACAGAGAGAGCCACUCAGAGCUUCUCCAGCACAGUAGCAUUUUAUGUGGCUGUGACUGGAGAAGGGGAAUAAACCAGAGGAAACUGCAGCAAGCCGCGACUGGGUGGGGGCACCCGUCGCUCAGAUCCGGGGGGGUGGAGGGUGGGGUACCAAGGCGCAUCCACCACAGCAGGAGAGGCUGGAUGCAUCGCACAGUGGAGCAGUUGGGGGGCCGUGCUGGACGGGACCCCUUUUCUCUCGGCAACCUGGGCUGCAGCGGCAACGCCUGGAGCUCCUGCCAUUCCCGACCAUGGCUCCAGGGCGGCAGGUGCUCUGCCAGUGUCGGCCAGCCUCAGCUGCCCCCGCACCUGCCGCCCAACCAUGGCUCUAACAUGGGGCAACACAGCAAGGGCUACUUCCCCCCAGGGAACCUGGCCCCGCGGCCCCUGCACGGGAAGCUGGAGGCCAUCCACGGCUGCGUCCAGGCCCUGCUCCGGGAUCCAGGGCAGCCUCAGCUCUGGGAGCAGCUGGGCGAGAUCUACGAGUCGGAGCAAGAUUGCGAGGAGGCCGUGCGCUGCUACCAGAAUGCCACCCGGUACCCGCGAGACUACGAUUAUGGGAGCUACGGAGAGAUGCACGCUCGGAUCGGACGACUGCAGCAGGCUCAGCUGUGGAACUAUCACUCGGGGUCUUCUCACCACCGACCGAAAGCAUUGCCCCCCCUGCAGCAAGUCUGGAACCUCCUGCACCUUGAGAAGAGGAACUUCUCUGCCAAGCGCAACCCCCAGCUGAAGAGGCCUGGGCCGCCCAUGGAGCCCCCUGUGGUCCAGCCAAUCGCCCCGGUCCAGCACCCGCCACACCCGGGGCACGGGGAGGACAUCCCCGCCCCCAUGAAAAGGCGAAGGAGCACCAGUCCUGACCAGAAUGGUAACGGGGUGUGCCAGCACCCGCCAGGUGUCCCUGGCAACCCCCACUACCAGCUGCCCAAGCCGGGAUUAUGGAACCCUCUCCACGGAGACUCAUGGGGGCAGGAGCGCAAGAACGUCGCUGCCCCAGAGAGACAAGAGCAGAGGAACUCGGUGGCCCACCCCUUCCCCUACCCCUGCCCCGCCUACGGCUCCCACCCGCCCCCUCACCGCCUGCCGGCCAUGGCCCCCAGCCCCCGCACCCCUCCAGCACACCGGUCCCCUCUCGACAGCCAUGGCUGCCUGGCCCGGCCCAACGGAAGUGACCUUAGAGACGGCAGAGCCCCCCGGGUGCGGUCAGACUCCACUGCCACACCAGCAGCAACCGCCGCCUGCGUGCCUUACGUCCCGCGCCCAAACCCCGGAGGAGGAACCACCGCCACCAGCAAGACCACCUCGCGGGGGCCACCGAACCCUGACUGCCUUGGUUCCGACCAUUACCAAACGCCGGCAUUGGAGCCAUCCAGUCCCGCCCAGGAGAACGGGGGCCGCAAAGCCCCCUUGCAGCAGUCGCAGCAGCAGCCGCCACCGCCGCCCCGGCCAGCUCCUUGCCUUGCCCCUCGCAACCUGCCCUGCUCUCGCAUGCCUCCUGCUCCGCCCAUCGCCAGGGGGCCUCCACCAGCAGUUGCACGGGCACCCACAGCUCCGCAGUGCCCACCACCCCCGCCCCCUCUGCCCCCGCCUCCUCCGCCAGCACCCCCCUUGCCCUGGCUGAAAGGCCCGGCGUUCGGCAGCAAAGGAGGGGAAGCGAAAGCCAGCAGCGACCCCCUGGGGGAUAUUCUGUUUGGGUGCGGGGAGCCGCCGCCGCCACGGGGGGCCGCUUCCCCUCUCGGGGCCUGCGACUCGGGGCGCAGCUUCCAGGAUUCCAACGCCAGCAGCCAGAAAGGGCCCUUCUCGCUCCCCGGAGAAGGGGCUGAGGAGAAGGCCAGCCCCCAAAGAUCAGCCAGCCCCGAACCCACCCCGGCAGCCGCUGACUAUUGGAUGCCGGAAAGCACCCCGGAGGAGAAGGGCUCCGGUGGCGCCAGGGCCUCGGCCCCGGAGAGCCCCACGAUUACCUCAGGAACCUUCGGGUCCCCGGAGAGCCCCCCUCAGCCGCCAACGCCGCCCCCGCCACUGCCCCGGGCCUCCUAUCCAAAGACGCCGGAGCCCUCGGCAGCGCCCCCUGCGGCGGAGCCCACACACGAAAGGCUCUUUGGCUUCGCCAGCCCCCAACUGGAGGACCAGUUUGAGGAGCCCCCCGAGUUUUCCAAGAUCCUGCCGGACGGCCUGGCGAAUAUCAUGAAGAUGCUGGACGAAUCAAUCCUGCGCGGGGAGGAGGAGCGCGAGGAGAGCUUUCCGCCGCCCCCGCCGCCUGCCCCGCUGCUCCCCAGCCCCCCGCCUUUGGCCAGACCAAAGCCCCCCGCCCCGUCCAACGCCUCCUUUGACUACCCCAAGCCGCCGGGGCAGGACCCGCCGGAGCCGCCCUGCCUGUACCGCUACGGCAAGCGGGACCCGGAAGAGCGGCCCCAGGCGGCUGCCGCCACCGCCGGUGGGGUGGGCAAGUUCCCCCACCACAGCACGGCCUCCCUGCUGAAAUCUUUGGCCAACAUGCUGGAAGGGCAGAAGCACUCCUACCGACCCAAGCCGCUGACCCCCCCAGGUGCUAAGAUCGCUUCUCCGGCCGGCGCCAGCCCGGGGUCCGCGCCCCACUUCUCUACCUCAAGCCAAGGCUGGGCCACGGGAGCGAUGGGGGAGCAGGCGGCCAGCUCUCCGCCCCCUCCGCCUGCCCCACGGCCCAUCAAGACGGAGUCAGAGGUGCUGGAGGAAAUCAGCCGGGCCUGCGAGACCUUGGUGGAGCGAGCGGAGAGGGAAAAGAGCCCCGCUUCUCCGGCCACGCCGCCUCCCCUCCCGCCCCCUCCCGCUCCCCUUUCCUCUCCCGCGACGCUCCCGCCCCCGCCGCCCCCUCCUCCGGCUCCCGCCCAGCGCCCCAAGGACGAGUCCCGGAAGCGGGACCGGGAGCACCGGAGACACCGCCGUUCCAGCAAGGACGGCUCGCGGCGGCACCGGGAAGGCAAGGCCCACAAAGAGAAGAACCGCCAGAUUCUGGGCAGCCUCGACGUGCAGAGCUCGGAGAGCCAGGCGCGGGAGAACGGCGCCAAGCCGCCCCCGCCUCCCCCGGCCGCCCCGCAGCCCGAGCGCCGGCCGCCCCCCGGCAAGAAGGAGGAAGGGUCGGUGGGCACGGGCUCCACAGUGGUGUGUUCGGCCGACCUGCUGAAGCUGCGCUCGUUCACGGAAGGGCCGCCCAAGGAGCUGAAGAUCCGGCUGAUCAAGGUGGAGAGCGGAGACAAGGAGACGUUCAUCGCUUCCGAGGUGGAGGAGCGCAGGAUCCCCCUGGGCGAGCUCACCAUCAACCAUUCAGCGGCCGAAGUGGUGCGGGCCAGCAAGCACGCCAAGGUGAAAGGGAAGUUCAAGGAGUCUUAUUUGCUUCCCAGCCACUCGGUCAAACCGCAGAUCAACGUGGACGAAAAGCUGCCACGGGAAAAGCUCAACCCCCCGACCCCCAGCAUAUACUUGGAGAGCAAGCGGGAUGCUUUCUCUCCGGUCCUCCUGCAGUUCUGCACUGACCCCAAGAACCCCAUCACUGUCAUCCGGGGCCUGGCCGGAUCCCUCCGCCUCAACCUGGGCCUGUUCAGCACAAAGACGUUGGUGGACGCGAGCGGGGAGCACGCUGUCGAGGUUCGCACGCAGGUCCAGCAGCCCUCAGACGAAAACUGGGACCUCUCCGGGACGAAGCAGGUGUGGCCUUGCGAGAGCAGCCGCUCGCACACCACAAUCGCCAAAUACGCUCAGUAUCAAGCGGCCUCCUUCCAGGAGUCCCUUCAGGAAGACAAGGAGACGGACGACGAGGAAGCAGAUGAGCCUGACAGCACCACUGAGGCGCCCCCAAGCAACCCGGACCAGAAACCGCACCAGAUUAUCAAGUUUGGGACCAACAUUGACCUCUCGGAUGCCAAACGGUGGAAACCGCAGCUGCAGGAGCUCCUCAAGUUGCCAGCUUUCAUGCGGGUCACGUCGACGGGCAACAUGCUGAGUCACGUGGGGCACACCAUCCUGGGCAUGAACACGGUGCAGCUGUACAUGAAAGUGCCUGGAAGCCGCACACCAGGGCACCAGGAGAACAACAACUUUUGCUCCGUGAACAUCAACAUUGGGCCGGGAGAUUGCGAGUGGUUUGCUGUCCACGAGCAUUACUGGCAAGACAUCAGCGCCUUCUGUGACAGGCACGGUGUCGACUACCUGACCGGCUCGUGGUGGCCCAUCCUUGAGGACCUUUACCAGUCCAACAUCCCCGUCUACCGCUUCAUCCAGCGCCCCGGAGACCUCGUGUGGAUCAACGCCGGGACGGUGCACUGGGUUCAGGCCACCGGGUGGUGUAAUAACAUCGCCUGGAACGUCGGCCCCCUGACAGCUUACCAGUACCAACUGGCCCUUGAGCGCUACGAAUGGAACGAGGUGAAGAACGUCAAGUCCAUUGUGCCCAUGAUCCACGUCUCCUGGAACGUGGCCCGCACCGUCAAGAUCAGUGACCCCGACUUGUACAAAAUGAUCAAGUACUGUCUGAUGCAGUCCAUCAAGCACUGCCAGGUGCAGAGAGAGAGCCUCGUCCGGUCCGGCAAGAAGAUCGCCUACCAGGGCCGCGUGAAGGACGAGCCGGCCUACUACUGCAAUGAAUGCGACGUGGAGGUCUUCAACAUCCUUUUCGUGACGAGCGAAAACGGGGGCAAAAACACGUACCUGGUGCACUGUGAGGCCUGCGCCCGCAAGCGGAGCUCCUCUCUCCACGGCGUGGUGGUGCUUGAGCAAUACAAGACCGAAGAACUGAUACACAUCUAUGACAGCUUCACCCUGUCUGCGCCGCCCAGUUCCAGAUGAGCCAUGCCACGCCUGGACACGGAUGUCUGGGCCGUCUCUCCACACUAGCUGGCCCCCCCCUGCUCGCGUGGGGUGGGGGGGUUGCUAUGGUCUGCCCUCCGCCCUCUCCCUCCAGUAGCAGCUGAGCCUCUGAUCUCCACCCGCCCUUCUCAACUCAAACCUGCCCUGAGCCGGGGGGGCAGAUUGCAGAAGCGUCGUGACCCGGGGCGUACUCCUGACGGACCCCUUUUUUUAAUUUAUUCUUCAGAACGAACCUUUUCUCGUUUUUGGUUUUUUUUUUCCUGGGUGGUGCUGAUUUUGUAUUAAAAAAAGCAGGGGAAAACCCCCUGAACUUUAAAAAAAAAUUCAAAAAAAUUCAAAGAGCAAACGGAAUGGAGCAGCGAAAUCGAUGGCGAAAUUCCACUGUGCCUCUGGAUUCCUCCUGCAUGGACAAGAAUUGGGGUGCGGUGGUUUCGGGGAGCUUCUAUGAACAGAUCGAGAGGGGGGUGCGAAAGCGUUCCCUUCUUCUCAAGAGCAUUAAUUUCCGUCUCUGUCGCCGGGGUGGAAUGCCAGCGAGCGGAAAACGAGAGAGAAAGAGAGACUGCUGUCUAAAUUCGGGGGUGCCUGGUUUUGUUUUGGUUUUUUUUCCUUUCCUUUCGAUUACGUUUUUCUUGGCAGAAAUUUAAAGGAAAGAAAAGAAGAGAGUUUGGGAAACGGAAGCAAGCAAAAAAAAAAUGAAAAAGAAAAAUUAAUACGGGUUUCUUAACACAGAACUUUUAUGGGUUCAGUUCUCUCUGGGUGAACUUCUCUUCGGGAUAUGGCGGGGCGGGGGGGGAGAGUGUACAUUGAUUUAUAUAUAUUGGAGGGGGGGCAGCCGGGGAGGGUUGGCGAAUUUUUUCCCGCGUGUGGUUUUUAAUUAUUCUGAUGGACAUUUUGAUUUCUUACAUCCUUUUAUAUAUAUUAUAUAUAUAUAUAAAUAUAAGAAGGAAAAAAAAAUUCCUGGUUUGUAUUAGAAACUGCUUUUAAAAAACAAAAUACAGAAAACGAGACAAAAAAAUAAAAAUAAAAAAUAUACGAGUUUUUUUGCGCGAGGAGCAAGCGGGACGGAGGUCGUCCUCGUGCGAAAGGAGAUUGAGAUAUGGUGGAAACGAUAACCCCGUGCGGAGGGAGUGGUGCUCACCCCAAAUCAGACGCACGGGUAGAUGGGAGAUUUUUUUUUCCUUUUUCACGAAAGGGGAGGGGGGGAGCUGAUUUCUCCCUCUCCCCCUAUCCCUAGGUGUUGCCAUUGCCCCAGCCCCAAUUCCCUAUGCCAUUUUUGUGGGGGGCAGGGGGUGGGGUGGGGUUGGCAAUCUAACAAGGACCCCUUAACUCUGCCCUCUGCCUGCCUAGCUAUGGCUGACCCUUAACUCUGACCCUUAACGCCUCCUCUUCAGCUGAUAAAAUCCGUUUAACCUUAACUCAAGAUAUAUAAAUAUAUAUAUAUAUUCCUUGGCUGAAUUCAUUGCCCCCCUUCCUCUUCCUCUUCCUCCUCCAAUUCUCCCCUUUUGACUCUACAGUUACAACUCCCAGAUCCAUUUGAAAAAGAAGAAGACAGAAACGUCUCAGAUUUGGGGUCAUUUUUCUUUCUUUUUUUAAAAAAAUAAUAAUUGUACCUCCAUGCCUCAAAAAAUUGUUUUGCAGUUUGUAAAUGUUCUUUCUCUUUCUCUCUUUUUUAAUUUAUACGUGUCUCCUUUUUUGGGGGGGGGUAAUGAUAUCUCUAUUUAUUGGUCCUCUUUCGGGGUUUGAUCCAGCCUCUUUUUUAUUUUUAACUUUUUACAAUGUUGUUGUACCUGUUUCUUUUUUUAAAAAAAGAAAAGUGUCUCCUUUUGUUGUUCCAGGUAUUUUUUUGUUUGGCUCCUCUCUGGAAUUUUUUAUUGAAUUACUUAACAUGUUCUUUCAGAUGUUUUUUUUUCUGUCUGUUGAUGUUUUUUCCUUGACAUGGUGCUCUGUUUUCUCAUGGGGCUGGGGUGGGGGGGGGGUUUGGAGUGGGGAAACAAAAGCCUGAUCCUGGUUCAUCUGUUGAUUCCCCUUCCCUUUUAUUUUAUUUUUUAAUGGAAGAAUCUCACCCCACCCUACAGAAGGAAGGAAACCUCUUCCUUCCUUCUGAAAAAAACCUGCACUUUUUUUAGUUCCAGAUUUCCCCCCACCCUCCCCAAUCACUCACACACAGACACACACUGAAAAAAAAGCAGAUGAACAAUCUCGCUUCUCUGAGAAAACUCACUCUCACAUAAAUUGAUUCUUAUCGUACUGUAGGGGGACAAGGAGAAAGCAAAUCUUAUUUUGUAAAUGUAAAAAAAAAUUAAUUAAAUUAACUCACAGAGAUAAAAAAGAAA